UUAAUCCAGCCUUCAUCCUGGAUUUCAUAAACUAAAACAAGAGAGCCUGGCAGAAGGACAGCGCUGCUGCUGGGUUGAGGAAAUUGAUGACGGGGAAGCAUGCGGGCAACCCAGAGUAUAAAACUCACACACGUGUAGGCAGACGCUCAGCUACCACUUUGGACGGUGGCUUCCCGCCAGUAGAGACCCCGCCGCGAGAAGCGGAGCCCGAGCCGCGGGAAACAUGAAGCGCCUCCUGCUGCUGGUCACGCUGCUGGUACCCGCGCACCUAGCGGCCGUCUGGAGCUUCAAGUACGCGGUGGAUUGCCCCGAGCGCUGUGACAGUAGGCAGUGCAGAAGCAGCCCGCGCUGUAAGAGGACAGUGCUAGACGACUGUGGCUGCUGCUGGGUGUGCGCCGCGGAGCUGGGAGACACCUGCUACCGCACAGUCUCGGGCAUGGAUGGCGUGAAGUGUGGCCCCGGGCUGAGGUGUCAGUUUUACAAUGAGGAGGAUGAUUUUGGUGACGAGUUUGGUAUCUGCAAAGACUGCCCCUUUGGCACCUUCGGGAUGGAAUGCAAACAGACUUGCAGCUGUCAGUCUGGCAUAUGCGACAGGGUGACCGGCAAAUGUCUGAAGUUUCCCUUCCAGUAUUCAACAGCCAAGGCUACCAACCAGAGAUUUGUAACACACACAGAGCAUGACGUGGCAUCUGGAGAUGGCAAUGCUGUGAGAGAAGAACUUGUGAAGGAAAAGGACACCCUAUCUCCUGUAACGAAGUGGUUAAAUCCACGCUGAUCCUGGGUGGGGUUUCUGAGAGAAGACCCUGUUUUAACAAUCAUUCAACACACAGCCAACAUUUUAGGAAUUCUCUGUAUUAUAGCAUAUGGACAUAUGAUUUUUGGAGACCAAGUGCGAUUUAGGGUGGGUCCAGGAAAAAAAAGUAGGCUACUAACAAUCCAUAAAAUGCAUAUAACUGAACUCUUUUAGAUAUUUGUUAAACAUUUGAAUGCAUAUAGAUUUGUUAAAUAUGUGUUUUUAGUUGUAGUGAAGAACUAAAGAUGCGAUUUGGAUAACCUUAACUUGGAGGGAAAGCAGCCAAAGAGAAGGCUAGCCAAAGCUGAAGACCACAGCCAGUAUAUGGCUCUUUGACUCGAUGUACAUUAUUGUCCAGAUAUGGGCUGGAGAGAAUUAAGAGCAAGCGAAGGUGGGGGUGGCGGCUGGGAGAGAAUGAUAUUUAGGUCUUCCUUUGGUAGCUUCAGUAGAAUUUACUUGUGGUUUUUUUUUUUUUUUUCCCACUUUGGAAAAAGU